CUGCUGCUCUCCGCCGUCGCUCCCGGGCCGCGGGAUGACACCGCCUCCGCCAGGAUGCGCCGCCCUCGGCGCCCCGCGCGCCCGCGUUCCCAGUCCGCUGGCCCGGUCCGGGCUCCCGCUGCGGCUGCUGCUGCUGCUGCUGCUGCUGCUGCUCUGGACGCCCGCCGCCUCCCAGGGCCACCCGAGGAACGCACCCCGCAUCUCCGCUGUCUGGAAAGGCCGUGCAGGGCAGGACCAUGUGGACUUUGGCCUGGCUGAGCCGCACACGGUGCUUUUCCACGAGCCGGGUACCUCCUCCGUAUGGGUGGGUGGACGCAACAAGGUCUACGUUUUCGACUUCUCCAAGGGCAAGAAUGCCUCCGUGCGCACGGUGAACAUUGGCGCCACGAAGGGGUCCUGCCGGGACAAACAGGACUGCGAGAACUACAUCACGCUGCUGGAGAAGCAGGGUGAGGGGCUGCUGGUCUGCGGCACCAAUGCCCGGCGCCCCAGCUGCUGGAGCCUGGUGAAUAACACGGCAGGGUUGCUUGGUGAGAGGAGAGGCUAUGCCCCCUUCAGCCCGGAUGAGAACUCCCUGGUUCUGUUUGACGGGAAUGAGGUGUACUCCACCAUCCGGAAGCAGGAAUACAACGGGAAGAUCCCUCGGUUCCGCCGUAUCAGGGGUGAGAGUGAACUGUACACCAGCGACACUGUGAUGCAAAACCCGCAAUUCAUCAAGGCCACCAUCGUGCACCAAGACCAGGGCUACGAUGACAAGAUCUACUACUUCUUUCGAGAGGACAACCCUGACAAGAAUCCCGAGGCCCCUCUCAACGUGUCCCGAGUGGCCCAGCUGUGCAGGGGGGACCAAGGUGGCGAGAGUUCACUGUCGGUCUCCAAGUGGAACACCUUCCUGAAAGCCAUGCUGGUGUGCAGUGACGCCACCACCAACAAGAACUUCAACAGGCUGCAGGAUGUCUUCCUGCUCCCGGACCCUAAUGGCCAGUGGAGGGACACUAAGGUCUAUGGCGUUUUCUCCAACCCCUGGAACUACUCAGCCGUCUGCGUGUACUCCCUCGGUGACAUUGACAAGGUCUUCCGCACUUCCUCACUCAAGGGCUACCACUCGGGCCUUCCCAACCCACGGCCUGGCAAGUGUCUCCCAGACCGGCAGCCAAUACCCACAGAAACCUUCCAGGUGGCCGACAGUCACCCUGAGGUGGUGCAGAGGGUGGAGCCCAUGGGGCCCCUGAAGGCACCACUGUUCCACUCGAAGUGCCACUACCAGAAAGUGGUUGUUCACCGCAUGCGCGCCAGCGAGGGGAAGCUCUUCCACGUGCUUUACCUAACCACAGACAAAGGCACCAUCCACAAGGUGGUGGAGUCAGAGGAGCCGGGACACAUCCCCGUCAACAUCUUGGAGAUCCAGCCCUUCCACCGUCCGGCCACUAUCCAGGCCAUGUCACUGGAUGCUGACCAGCGUAAACUGUAUGUGAACUCCCAGUGGGAGGUUAGUCAGGUGCCCCUGGACCUGUGUGAGGUCUAUAAUGGGGGCUGCCAUGGCUGCCUCAUGGCCCGAGAUCCCUACUGCGGCUGGAACCAGGACCGCUGUGUCUCCAUCUACAGCUCCCAAGAGCCAGUGCUGCAGUCCAUCAAUCCAACUGAGCCAGACAAGUGGUGCCCCAACCCGAAGCCAGAACAAGCCCCACUGCAGAAGGUGUCCCUGGCCCAGAACUCUCGCUACUACCUGAGCUGCCCCAUGGAGUCCCGCCACGCCACCUACUCGUGGCGCCACGAGGACAGCGUGGAGCAGAGCUGUGAGCCCGGCCACCAGAGCCCCAACUGCAUCCUGUUCAUCGAGAACCUCACGGACCUGCAGUACGGCCACUACUACUGUGAGGCCCAGGAGGGCUCCUACCUCCGUGAGGCUCAGCACUGGGAGCUGCUGCGCGAGGACGGCGCCAGAGCCUCACAGCUGCUGGGCCGCGCCGGCACCCUGGCUGCCUCCCUCUGGCUGGCUGUCCUGCCUACGCUUAUUCUUGGCCUGCUGGUCCAUUAGGGUCUCCUGGGGCUGGGCAUGCUGCAGGCUUCUGUAGCCCCAGGGCGCUAGAAAAGUCUCACACUCAGAACCGGCUGGGCCCAGGAGCUCCUCGCCCACCACUUUUUCCAGAGGGACCACAGAACCCAACGGGGGACACCAGGCCUGGAGAUGGCCAGCCGCAGGCGGCUGCUGAGCCCCGGUGGGGCAGGGGUGGUGUGGGCCAGAGGAUGAAGGCUCCGACUGUGAAGCUGGGGCCUUGAUGACCCGAGACGUUUAUCUUUUGGAGACUAUUUUUCAAAAACUCCUCCUCAAACUGGUGAAAUGCAAUGAUGCUCUUGGCCUAAGAACCCGUGGGCCAGAGAGUGGGGUUUAAAAACGAGCGUUGGGACCCCAUCUCUGGACCUUUGGGCCGAGGCCUGAGUCCUUCCGGACUCUCUAGGCCCAAAUUGCCCCCUCAUCCUCCCUCCUGCCGUGGCUGGGGGUGGCUAGUGUUCCUGCAGGCCUAGGGCUGCCCUCUGCGGCCCCCUCACCAGCCCUGGGUCUCACUAGGCAGCUGCCUUGCAUGUUUAUUGAAGGAUGUUGCUUUCCGGACAGAAGGACGGAAAAAGCUCUAUUUUUCUGUUAGGCUUAUUUCAUGUGUAGCUACUUCUGACUGCAUCUGUAUGAAAUACCAAAACU